GGUCCUCCAAAUCUCCAACCUUAGGAACCCAAAGACUGGCACCACGGUGAGGGCAGCACCAACCAAAGAGCCAAAAGAUUUGCGGCCACUCCUCACAAAGGAGAGGUUGUUGACACAGCAAUCUGGCAACGAGCCGAGUGACAGUCUCUCUCUCCCUCUCUCUCUCUCUAGCUAGCUCAGGAGCAACGGUGUCGAGAACAGAUUACGCAAGGGCACCACCAUUGUCAGGUCUGAAGAAACGGCGAAAGAGGGCUUAUUCAAAAUGACCGACGCUACCGCUACGCUCUCCAUCGGUCUCGACCAACCGAAUCGGUACCGUCUGUACGCGUUCAAAGCGUGUCCGUUUGCUCAUCGAGUGCGACUGCUGCGAUUGCUGGCGGCUGAAGACGCCAUGGAAGUUUCGUUUGCCAAAGAUCAGAAUGCCGACGACAAAAUGUACGUCUUUGAUCCACCGGAACCCGUGUUUUCUGCCACCACACUUAAGCAGGUGUACCAGCAGUCUGCCGCUCCGGACUACAGUGGCCGAUUCUCCACUCCCUUGGUCAUUGAUCAGACGACUAAACAAAUGGUCCACAACGAAUCCUUGGACAUCGCCGUGGCCAUGGCGCAAAGCGACAAUAGCAAAACAUUAUUGCCCGAGGGCGCCACCGAUUUGGCCCAGGAAUUGGCCAACAUCACCAUGCUGCCGUACAAAUAUCUCAUGACCAAGGAUGCCACGCAAAAACAAGACAUUGUCGACCAAUUGGAGGCUACGCUGGACAAGUACGAGAGCUUGUUGGGGACCCAACCGUAUCUUCUGGGAGAACAUAUUUCACUGCCGGAUUGCAUUCUCUGGAUCACGCUCAUUCGAUUCGACAAUGUCUACGGUCGCAUCUUUGGGAUUCUUUCGUCGUCAAAGACCAUUCAGUCCGACUAUCCCAACCUGACCAAAUACGUUGAACGCAUCUGGAAGACACCGUCGCAGUCUUCCAAGACGACAUUGGGAGACGAAAUUGACAUGCCCGAACUGGUCCGACUCUACUGGGUGUCACCCACCAUUGGAGCGCUGUGCAGUCAUGAUCAAUCGCUGCCUCCUCCACCCGUGUUGGAUCUCUUUUAAUUAUUAAAUGUGUAAUUACUAGUACUUGGAAUCAGU